AUGGGUGAUCUGCCUCGCAAGGUUGCAAAGAGCGGUGCAGUGGCUACUCCGGUAAGUAGAUGAAGCGCUGAGGUUCGCUUCUGGACUAACACAAAGAUCUCAAAGGAACUUGUCAUCUAAGAACAGAAGAUAGCAUGUUAGCCUCCCUCACACAUGAUCCACCAGAGUAUUUCUUACCAAUGUGUUGCCCAAGGAGAUCCGAGAUGAUGUCUCUAGCUUCUGCUAUUGUAUUUUAGAGAUCAUACAACACAGACUGGCAAGUCCUACACGAAAACCUUUCUGUAGGUAGGCUUGUCGAUGGAGCUGACCAGGAGCUGUUCUUUUGGGAGGAAGCUAACUUCGACAUGCAUUUGAACAGCAAAUCAGACUAG